UUUUCUACUUUUUGUUUAUUUACGAAAUCGAUACAAUAAAAGUGUAUUAAUAAAAUAAUUUCAUUUACUCAGGCUGAUGCAGUGAUAGUGGAAGAUGUGUGACGUGCAGGCGCUGCAGGCGCAGCUGGCGGACAUCGAGAACGACGAGGAGAGCAGCGGCUCGGUGUACGAGCCCGCGCGCCCGCAGCUGCUCAGCAUGCCUGUAGAGAUAUUUUUAAAGAUCUGCUCAUUCCUCGAUGCAGAUUUCCUAAGUCACACACUGGCCAAAGUAUGCACAAGGUUUCAAACGAUUCUAGAGGACAGCCACAUAUGGAAGUACUGGUACCACAGCAAGCUGGAAGGCAGCGUGUACCCGCCACUGCCGCACCUGCAGUACUGGGAGGAGGAGCCGAUUGACUGGCAGAGCAUGUGCGUGGAGUCCGCCAGUGAGAAGCGGCGGUGGGAGAAUGUGCGGGAGACCAUGAAGCAUAUUGUGGUUAAGGACAUACACUUUGCGUCGGUAGACACUGUUUUAUUAGUAAAUAACGGCGAGCUCUGCAUAUCCGGCGGGCGCGACCGUGGCAUGGCGCUGUGGUGCGUGGCCGACAUCUCGCCCGCCGGCCCGGAGCUGGCCACGCCCAGCCGCGCGCCCGGCGGCGGCGUGUCGCACGCCGUGCUCGCCACCACGCAGCCGAGACACAUCCGGCACGGCGCGCAUGAGGGCUGGGUGUGGGACCUGGCCGCGGACUGCGAGCACAACACCAAGUUCGUGUACUCCGCCUCCUGGGACAACUCCGUCAAGGUGUGGGACCUCAACCGGGACUUCACACCCGUACACUCCUACAGAUGCGGUAUGUCAGCUCUCUGCGUGGACACGUGCGGCGACAUGGUGCUAGCCGGACUAUAUUCCAAGAGGAUCAUGGCGUUCGAUGUCCGGGUCGGGACCGAAGCUGUUUGCAAAUACAAGCCGCACAGAGGCCCCGUGCUGGGGCUGGCCACGCUGGGGCCGCAGGUGGCGUCGGUGUCCGAGGACCGCACGCUCGCCGUGUGGGACUCCCGCGCGCGCCGCACGCUCGUGCAGGACCUGCGGCUGCCGACGGAGAAAGCCUACCCCGUCUGCGUGUCCUGGGCGAGACCCGCGCUUUAUGUCGGGGAUUCUAAAGGAGGCCUACAUCUGCUACACCCGGAGAAGUUGAGCCUGGUGGCUACACACGAAGUUUGGCAGGAACCGCCCUCCACGCAGCCCGCCUCCAAGAUCACGGGAUGCCUGCAGACGGCGGCCGGGCUCAUCUUGGUGUCGGACCGCGGCGAGGUCAAGUUCCUGUACAACAGCUCCCCCCCGCGCGAGUACUGCAGCACGCGCACCGCCGCCCCCGACGUCACGCAGGUGCGGUACCUGAACGGCAUCUUGGUGGUGGGGUCGUGCGACUCCGCGCUCGAGUUCUGGAUCCCGGCCGAGCGCUACGACUCGGCCAUCCCGACACGAGACUCGUCCUCCGACUCGGCCAUCCCGACACGAGACUCGUCCUCCGACUCGGCCAUCCCGACCGAAGGCUCGCCCACGGACUCCCCCGAGUGAUACACAAAAUCCCUGUAGCUCGGUAACUACGUACACAUACACCGUAGUCAGUGUAUUAGUAACUUAACAUAGCCAAGGUUUCGUUUAUCAAAAAUUUCUAUGCGCCCAAAGUGACAAUAAUAUUUGAACACACUUUAUUGCCGAGAUUGCAAUAGCGGUGUCAAAAUAUUUUGGCCUUUUUGCCAAGUUCUUGAUCAAAAAUCUAUUAGAAACUAACCAUUGCAUUGCACAAAUGAGCCAAUAGAAAUUGUAAGAUGUAGUGCAUUUUGAUAAUAUGACAUGUAAAUUGUUUUAAUAUAGUGUAAUAAUAAUAACCAUCCUAAAAAUAGUUUAACUAGAUUUGAGUACCUAAUAUUGAAAUAUUAUACUUACUGUUAAACAGUUUUAUCGUUGUUGUAAUAUAAAAUCUAGACACGCGGUAGCGUGUCCAGCCAAGUUCAAAGAAAAAGGAACUGGCGACGCAGCAUAUUAUUUUCAGUGAUAUGAAUAAUUAUUUAGUCCAGCCGCCGUAUGACCUCGGCCUGGCACUAAUUACAUAAAUAUACAAUACUAAUAACUGUAACUCUAUAUUACUUAAUAAAACAUUUCGUCAGGUGACAACCAGAACUGACUAAUUACUACCACAAGUUAAUUAAUUAGCCAUAGUGAACCAUAUUAAUACUUAAAUAAGGUUGAUUUUUGUUUGAUAUUUUUUUUAGUAAUUAGUGAGUUUUGCUUGUCGCCUGACGAUUUUUUCUUUUGUAAUAGUAUAAUACAUUAUAAUAAUACGUGUUGACUGCGUUGUAACACGUCAUUUACUUACAAUAAUCUGUGAUAAUUCAAUAAAUAUCCAAAAAGGAGUCACAAUUUUUAGUUAUCUGCGAAUAAGACAAAAUGAACGCGUAAAUGCAAUUCCAAUGGGGUUGGACGGUCCAAGUAUUUAGCAGACGGCGCCCGCAUUUUUGUUUUUUUAAUGCACUGGAUGCCAGCCCUUUAAGCCAAAUCUCAUAGAAAAGGGUCAUGAUGGCGCCAUCUAUGCAAACCUUUGACAGUUGCCUGCUCUAUUAUGAUUCGCUAAACUUCAAACUCUGGUAAAUCGGUCAGAUUAUUCGAUUUUGGUAUUAAGAAAAGGUAAUAAUAGGGUAGAUACUUGCUAAGAGGGUCGAAUGGAUUUACCCGAGUUUGAAGUUAAGCAACAUUUAUGAUCUACGUUUGUGUAUGUUUGAAAAUAUGUAUAAUUAGAUAAUGAUCUCGACUGCUGAGAUGAGAGCUUUAGGCUGAUUGUACCGAGGACAGAGAUUGGCAAAAUGAAAGAUUACGAAUAAGAAUAUAAAACUGUAUUUGCGAAAUGAAAUGGUUCUUUCAUCUUUAUUUACAGAUUAAAAAUUAUUCUUGAUUAGUUUCACUUAAUAAAUGUGACAACACACAAUAUUUUUCACUUCAAAACACAGAAGAACGUGCUCAAUAUUACUGCAAUGUUCUGCCUCCAGAGUGCAGCACUAAGCUAGCUAGUAAACCAUAGAGUAACUUAUACAUACUGUGUGCCUUAAACUGUUUUUGAAAGUUUUCACAGACAAUAAAAUAUGACAUUAAUGCAUCAAGGCGGUUUGUUAACAAGGGCCUACCGGGAAACGCGAAAAUCGCUUUUUAGUUAUCUGCCUCUUUAUCGCUCGAAUAUGCAAGAGUGAUAGAGAGGUUAAAUAACGAAAUUUCGAUGUUCCUGUUUCGCGGUAGACCCCAGAUUGUGAUGGAUAGUGGUAGUGACGCCCCCGUUUUGGGUAAUAUUCCCUAUUCUUUGUCUUGUUUAUUUUCUUUUUCAUGAUGCCGGUCCCCUGUCCUAGAGUCAGUGUUAAUGGCUAAAUAAAUUUCAGGUACAAAAGCAGAAUCUGAAAUAACGUAGAGUUUUUUGGCUCAAGGCGAAUAUAAUGUUAUAAUGGGCGAUGUAAAUAGAGUCCGUUUAAGCUAACUCUGCAUCUGCACCGUGUUUGAACACACCACGGCGUGUGGAAGUGUGCACUCUGUUCCAUCAAACACGGUGCACACUUAGCUUAGAAUGUUGUUAAUGCCACGAUUAUGUCGAGUACGUCGACCUUUCGAGAGUUGGCGAUUUAAAAACGGGUAUAUUGUUGUGCGUUAUUUUAAGUGUUUCUUCAGUGAUAAGGCGACACCGUAACAAUGUCUUAUCUCUCCUGUACAUAUGCAGUGAGAACAUCUACGGGGUGGAUUUUUUAAAUGGGGCACUGAGGGUAGCUGCAGCUGAUAAGGCUCCGUGCUGCUGUCGUGUGGUGCCAAAAUGAUCUUAGGCACCUAACUUUUUAAUUAACCGUUGACAUAUUGGCGCAGCAGUAUGGGAUUUGGUAUAUAGUUAAUCGCAGUAUUUAUUUAAGAAAUACACGCUGUAUAUAUUUGAUUUGAAUCGAACAUCUUUUUGUGAUGGUGUAAAUCGUUUCAUUUUUUAAUUGAUAUCCCCUGUUAGUACUUUUUUUUAUCUAAUGUGGCCCUUUGCUUGUAUUUUAAAAGUGUAAGUAGCCGAUGCUUGCAAAUAAAUAAUAAAAUCUGCAAAUGGUUGGAUAAGUAAUUGAAUGUAUCUACGACAUAUCAACAUCAAACUGCAUAUUCCUAGAUACAUUCAGAUCGGCUUUACCAAAACCAUGCUUUUGUAAAUUUCAUUCCAUUCAUGUCAGUGUUUAUGAAUUUGCCUGUAAUGUAGGUACCUAAUGUCUUAUUUGGCAAACUACUUUCUUAACCGAUUUACCCUCGCGGCUCGUGGCUCGGCUCGCGGUUCGUCUCGUGACUCGGCGACAGUUCGUCGAGCUAAUCGAUUAUAAACACAAACAGCACGGUAUAAGGUUUGUAAUCGAAUGAAAGCCGAACGCGAAUGUAAACAGCAAGCGCGC